UGCCUCCCUCGCGGGCCACACGGGGCACGUCGUGUGAUCCAACAAGACUACACGUCCCAGGUCGCCGUCGGUGCCGCGCGCCCGCGCCCGCGCCCCGGACGCGGACGCGGAACGAGGAGGAGACGGCGGCGCGCGAGUGCGGGGAGCCUCUCGUCCGGGGGACACAUUUGGACUGUGUGACAAUGAAAUGCGACUUAUUUUGACGGCAGCCGCAUUCGCGUGCGCCGCAGGCGUCGACCGACGGGCCUCGGAGGGAGCCUGGUGAUCCGCUGCUGCUCCCCGGGGGGGGGGGGGCGGUUGGAGUUGCGUCGCAGCGGUUCCGGGGACACGCCGACAGCCGUCAGUGAUUUUCCGCCGCCAGAAUGCCGCGGGACAACAAGAGUCCUCUCAUCCAGGAGAUCGCGGAGCAGGCCCACGUCGCCUUCAAAGGCCUCGCGUCCCCCGCCAACGACGCGGCCACGCGGAAUGAACUCAUCUCCCUGGUGACCGCGGUCAGGGCCGCCGACCUGAAGAUCGCUCCCCGGAAGAGCAAGCCGAGCUCCGGGGGAGCCCCGCCGGUCACCUACAUGCACAUCUGCGAGACGGAGGUCUUCAGCAUGGGGGUGUUCCUGCUGCGGACCGGCGCGUCCAUCCCGCUGCACGACCACCCGGACAUGAACGGGAUGAUCAAGGUUCUCUAUGGGAAGGUGAGCGUCCGCUGCUUCGAUAAGCUGAAGAAUAACUUGACUGUCAACUCCGUCCCACCUCAUUUCGAUCCUCCACUGGCGCCCCUCCAGAAGGCCUCGCUUUGGCGCUCCAUACUACGAUCAGUCGCUGAGUACUCGGAGAACAGCGGGCCGUGCCUCCUCACGCCUCUGAGGGAUAACCUCCACCAGAUUGACGCUGUGGAGGGGCCAGCGGCUUUCCUGGAUAUCCUGGCACCGCCGUACAAUCCGGAUGACGGACGCGACUGUCACUAUUACAAACUCCUGCAAACUGUGGCAGAGAGGGAAACGGAUGUAAAGAGCAACGAGGAGCAGCAGGGAGAGGAGAAGGAGAAAGAAGAGGAGUCAUGGUUACUAGAAGUCCCUCAGCCAGAGGACUUCUGGUGCGGUGGGGAGCCUUACCCAGGCCCUGCAGUAUCUAUCUGAAUGAUCGCUGCAGUGUACAGCAGUCAUGCUGUUGUGAUAUCCAUCCAUCCACAACAGUAAACUGUGUUUAAUCCCCUCCCACAAGGUCAAACAUGAGGGUCACUUUCACCUGGAACACAAAGAGCUGGGCAGAAGCUUGUAGAAACAGGGGGCUGUGAAUUCUGACUCCCCACCCAGAAGGACCACUGACCUAGCUUCCACAAACCUAAGAUGUCAGUACUGCUUCAAGUAUGACAGAAAUCCACUUUCCAAAUUUGAACUAAAGUCAUCAGCCUGAUGUCCUGUCCGUGGUGGGGGGUCAUCGGGGUCUCUGUUGUGUGUCCUGACACAAGAUGUCUUACUGUCCUGCGGAGGACUUCCACCUUGUGUCUUAAUGCCAAAGCCUGUAACUCCAUUCGUACCCGCCUUAUUUGUGAAUAUUGAAUGUAUGCUUCUUGAUCUUCUUCUUUUCGGCUGUGGCUCAGGACGUAGAGUCGUUUGUCCACCAAGGUUCACGGUUUGAUCCCAGCUUCCGCCACUCCACAUGCCGUUGUGUCCUUGGGCAAGACACUUAACCAUAACGUGCCUCUGACUGCUCUUCCGUCAGUGUAUGAAUGUGACAGGAAAAUGCGUGGUAUACAGCAGCACUGUAUAAAUGUGUGUGAAUGGGUCAAUGUGACUUUCCUGUAAAGCGCUUGGAGUGGUCUAUAUGACUAGAAGAGCGCCAUAUAAAUACAGACCAUGUAAUAGUGCCAUUUUUAUUGUACACACUUGCUUCUUCUUCCAAAGUGCACACACUACAUAUAUAUACUUUCGUUUUAUCUUAUCCAUGUUUAACUUAUUCCUGGUGACAUGGUUCCUACACAGGUCUGCGCACUUGAGGGAAAAAGCUGCUGUUCAGCUCAUUCUACAUAUCUGGUGAUGUCUUAUAUUGUCAUUUCAGAUAAUGCGAUUUAAUCCAGUGAUAUGACGUAUGUGAUGCAACACAUUAAAGACAGUGAAAUCUA